ACAUGAUCGGAAAACGACUACUGCAUGAUUGUAAACACAAUUAAUGUUUAAACAGUGAAAGUGAUCUUAUUUAGAUAUGUCUAUUGGAAAUUAUCUUCUUAAGGAUAGUCAUCACAUCAUAAUGUGGUGGUUUGAAAUACUAUUGAAUAAUAUUAUUAAGAAUGACAGAAGUAAUAUCCAAAGAUUUUGGUAAGGGGCAACCUUUUCGAAAAAGAGACAUGUCAGAUUUAUCAAACUAAAUAAAAAUUGUUUUUAUAGGCAUAGGAGGAAGGUUACGCCAAUUAGAGUCCCUAUUUAUUGAUGGUCCUGUACAGGGAGAAGGAAGAGUUGGCCAUACAUUUUCCAUUGAGACACUUAUUGAUAUUUUACUUGUCUUAUAUGAUGAAUGUUGUAAUUCUUCCUUUCGGCGUGAAAAGACUGUCUCAGAUUUUAUUGAAUUUGUAAAACCAGUGGCUACUUGUAUUAAAAAAUUGCAAUUGGCACGAGAAGAUUUUGAGAUAGUAAAAGUUAUUGGUAGAGGAGCAUUUGGAGAAGUAUGUGUUGUAAGAAUGCGUGGUUCAGACAAAGUAUUUGCAAUGAAAAUUUUGAACAAAUGGGAAAUGCUAAAGCGUGCUGAAACUACAUACUUUAGAGAGGAGCGAGAUGUACUGGUGUACGGUGAUCGUAGAUGGAUCACUAAUCUUCAUUAUGCCUUUCAAGAUGACAAUAAUUUGUACUUGGUCAUGGAUUAUUACUGUGGUGGAGAUCUAUUAACACUAUUGAGCAAAUUUGAAGAUCGCCUUCCUGAAGAUAUGGCUCGUUUUUACAUAGCUGAAAUGGUUCUAGCUAUUGGGUCCAUACAUGACUUACGUUAUGUACACCGUGAUAUUAAACCUGAUAAUGUUUUGUUAGAUGCAAAUGGUCACAUUAGAUUAGCAGACUUUGGAUCUUGUUUACGAUUAUCUGAAGAUGGCACUGCACAAAGUAAUGUUGCUGUUGGUACACCAGACUAUAUUUCACCAGAAAUUUUAAGGGCAAUGGAAGAUGGACAAGGACAAUAUGGGCCUGAAUGUGAUUGGUGGUCUUUAGGAGUAUGCAUGUAUGAAAUGUUAUAUGGAGAAACACCUUUUUAUGCAGAAUCUCUAGUCGAAACCUAUGGAAAAAUUAUGAAUCAUAAAAAUUGCUUUGACUUCCCAGCAGAUGAUCUGUAUGAGGUUUCUGAAGAAGCUAAGGAUUUAAUGAGAAAAUUAAUAUGUAGCUCAGAAUUGAGAUUAGGUCAAAAUGGAAUUGAUGACUUUAAGAAACAUCCAUGGUUUGAUGGAGUAAACUGGGAUACUCUUAGAGAUAGUACUGCACCUUACAUUCCUGAAGUUUCCUCACCAACAGACACAUCAAAUUUUGAUGUUGAUGAUACAGAUGUUCGCAGUUCUGAUGCUGUUCCACCAGCAGCAAAUUCUGCAUUUUCUGCACUUCAUUUACCAUUUGUUGGCUUUACUUUCACUCAAGGAAGUUGCAUAUCAGAUCUGGGUUGUUUAUCUGUUAUAACUCAAAAUGAUGAACGCGUGCAGAUCCUCGAGGAAGAAAAUGCACAAUUAAUACAAACACUCGAAGACUUAACAAAACAAAUCAGUAUAAGUCAUUCUUCUCCUGGGAUAUCACCAGAUUCUAAUAAUGCAACAAGAAAACUUCAGGAUGAAAUAAAUACACUUACUAAACGCAACUGCGAGUUAGAAUCACAGUUGAAGUCUAUGGAGGUUCCCCGUGAAUUACGCAACUUAGAUAACGGUGAUAUGACCAAACUACGAGAAUUGGAGAAAUUAGUACGCUCUCUUCGAUUAGAAAAGGAAGAAGCUGUUAAAGAUAAGUUAGAUGCGCAGGAAAAGCUUAAACUUCAGGAUAAAGAAUUAAAGGAUGCGUUAACGCAACGUAAAUUAGCGAUGACUGAAUAUAAUGAAGUUACAGACAAGUUAUCAGAAUUAAGGCAACACAAACAAAAGUUGUCUAGACAAGUUAGAGAUAAAGAAGAAGAAUUGGAGGUUGUAAUGCAAAAGGUUGAUAGUUUGCGACAUGACAUUCGGAAAGCCGAAAAAUUGCGUAGGGAAUUAGAAAAUCGAUUGGAAGAAGCAUUUGCUGAAACGAGUAAAGAAAGAAAAUUAAGAGAACGUAGUGAAGAAUAUUGCAAGCAAAUGCAAGAGGAAACAGAAAAAAUUAGGCAGAGAUCUAUAGGAAACGAUGCGAGUGCAAACCAUGCAUUAGCGACGCAAGAAAUUAAUAGGUUAAAGGCAGAAGUAGAAACACUUGAAGUUCAAUACAAUGAAAAUUUGAACCAACAACAAAGUAGGUACAAUCUUGAGAUUCGUAGCUUGCAAGAACAAUUGCAUGAAGCUGAAACAAGGAGAGAUUUAUUGGAAAGGGAGGUUCAAUUAACAAAGGAAAAAUUAGAUGCUGCAAGAUUGGAAAAUAUUACUGAUAGUGAGGAGACUAUAAGUGAAUUAAAUAGACGUCACGAGAGAGAAAAAAUCAUGCUAGUCGAAGAAAACAAAAAACUUAUGUUAGAACUUAGCACUGUUACCGAUAGUGUUAAUAGAAUACAAGGUGAAAGGCGUCAGCUAGAAGAAGAAUAUGAAGAACUAAGAAAUAAAAAGGAAGCUAUUGCACAAUGGGAAGCUCAGAUUACUGAAAUUAUUCAGUGGGUAUCUGAUGAGAAAGAUGCUAGAGGAUACUUGCAGGCAUUAGCUACAAAAAUGACAGAAGAAUUAGAAUUUUUGAAACACUCCGGUGGCGUGGGUGGUGUAGGAAGUGGUUCUACAAUGGCGGAUAAAAACUGGCGAAAUCGUAGAUCGCAGAAACUUGACAAAAUGGAGCUUUUGAAUCUACAAAGUUCAUUGCAAAGUGAAAUACAAGCUAAACAAGCAAUAUCUGAAGAACUUACAAAGACGCGUUCAGAUUUAAUUGCUGCUCAAAAAGAAUUAAGAGACUUCAGACAACGGCUCGAAACACUCACACAUGAGAUAAAACGCAAAGAAAUGCAAAUAAAAGAGUUACAAGCAAGACUUGACACAGGCGAUGGCUUUUUAGAACGUCCUACAUCCCAAAUGUCAUAUUUGGAACAUUUUUUGAAAGAAACUGCAAGCAGUACACGUCACGGAAGUGCAGAUAGUGUAGAAGCUGAUAUCGAGGAUAAUCGGGCACCAAGUAUUUCCAGCAGUAAAAGCAACUUAUCCGAACUUAGUAUUGAUCCAACAUCACCAUUAUCUCAUGAGCUUCUAAAUAAAUCAUCAACAGCACAUGGACAAGCCAGUCUUCAACCAAAACCAAAAUCUCAUCAGUUCUUAGUACGAACGUUUUCAGCACCUACAAAAUGUAAUCAUUGUACUUCACUGAUGGUGGGUUUAACAAGGCAAGGAGUAGUAUGUGAAGUUUGUGGUUUUGCAUGUCACAUGCCUUGUUGUGAUAAAGUUCCACCAAUGUGUCCUGUGCCACAUGACCAAACAAAACGACCAUUGGGUAUCGAUCCCACACGGGGAAUAGGUACAGCUUAUGAAGGGUAUGUUAAAGUGCCAAAAAUGGGUGGAGUGAAAAAAGGUUGGGUUCGUCAAUUUGUGGUUGUUUGCGACUUCAAAUUAUUUCUUUAUGACAUUUCACCAGAUCGUAAUGCAUUACCAUCUGUCUAUGUGUCUCAAGUCUUAGACAUGCGAGACGAAGAAUUUACCGUUAGUUCUGUUCGAGAUUCGGAUGUCAUACAUGCUACAAAAAAAGACAUUCCGUGCAUAUUUAGGAUAACAACAUCUCUGCUAGAACCACCUGGUUUAAGGAACCACACGUUAAUGCUUGCAGACACUGAAAGUGAAAAAACAAAAUGGGUAGUUGCUUUAAGUGAACUGCAUAGAAUACUAAAGAAAAAUAAUCUUCCUAAUACAACGAUUUUUAGAGCAAAAGAAUUGUUAGAUAAUACAUUGGCGCUCAUUAAAAAUGUGAUGUCAGGAGCAAUUAUUGAUCCAGAUCGUCUAGUCAUUGGCACAGAAGAAGGCCUCUUCUGUUUAGAUUUAGAUCGUAGUGAAAUUGCAAGAGUGGGGGAGGGCAAGAAAAUAUAUUUACUGGAAUAUGUAACAGAAGAACAAUUAAUAGUAGUUUUAAGUGGAAAACAACGUCAUGUACGGCUGGUUCCAGUACGUGCAUUAGAUGGAGACGAAGUUGAAUGGAUUAAAGUCGCAGAAACUAAAGGAUGUAUAACUUUAACGACAGGUGUAGUCCCUCGCAGUCCAUUAACUUAUUGUUUGUGUGUUGCCAUAAAGAAACAGAAUGCAUCACAAGUGAUUAUCUAUGAAAUUACACGUACGAAAACACGUCAUAAACGUAUACGUGAAUUGAUGUUAUCAUGUCACGCACAAACUUUACAAAUUCUCUCUGAGGGUCGUUUUUGUGUCGGAUAUCCUUCCGGCUUUUCUAUCUACAGCAUUUUAGGAGACCAUCACCCUAUUUCAUUGGUCCAUUCUGAGAAUACGCUCUUAGGUUUUCUCACAUACAGUGCUGUGGAUGCCUUACGUUGUAUCGAAUUACCACGUGGUGAAUUCUUAUUAGUCUUCCAUUCAUUAGCAGUUUAUGUCGACAGCCAAGGCAGAAAGAGUAGAGAUCGUGAAAUUAUGUAUCCUGCUGUUCCAACAGCAGUUAGUUAUUGUGAAGGUUACUUACUAGUUUAUAGUGAGACUCACAUUGAUGUAUUUGAUUGUACAACUGGAGACUGGUUGCAAACACUUAAUGUAAAACGAGCACGACCACUGAAUACUUCAGGUUCUCUAACAUCUUGCGUCAUUAACGAUAUGCCACAUGUUAUUUUUUUGAGCAAUUUACAUCAACGAGAACUACUCAAUUUAACACCAUUAGAUGCAAGCGGUAGACAAAUGACAAGACCACGAAGACGAUUUUCAAUAAGAGAAGGAAAUAGAGCUGUUCGUCCUACCGACAGACGUUCCAAAAUGAUAUCUGCUCCGACAAAUUUCAAUCAUAUCAGUCACAUGGGUCCAGGUAAUGGAAUACAGAUUCAACGAUUAUUAGACUUGCCUACUACGCUCGAAACAGCUGAUCAACAACAUAGCGGUCAUCACAGUAGUUCUCAUCUUCAUAGCAGCCAACAACGAUUAUAUAGUCCAGCGAUUCAAACGUCAAGUAAGCCAGCGCCACUGCCGCCUAGACAUCCACCUUCUGAUUCACGACGUUUAAGUUCUCAUAUGUCUAGAAAUUCGGGGUACUCACCACAUAAUGGUUCAACAUCAUCACGCAGAGGACCGGCACCUUCACGACCAACUGCUACUCCACCUUCAUUACCACGUACUCCUGUGGACCAAGUUGAUUCGGAAUCUGUGCACCUACGGUCGCAUACUCCACUGUCUCUGGGUAGCAUUGCAUCUUUACAUGACAAGGAACACACCUCUGGUGGAAGUCCUAGACAUUCAAUAGCUUCAAACAACAGUUCAAAUCCAUCGACGCCUCCAAGUCCCGCUCAUGAUCAUGGUUCAUCUUCAUACGAUUCAUAA